AUGUUUACAUGUCAUUACAUCUUCCAAAUGUUUCAGGGUGUUCAUUUCAAUGAUGACUUGGAAGUCCACGAUGUGGGGCCGAGUACUAUGUCCACGUCAACUUUCCUUAGGCAAAAAGGCAUGGCAUGGAACUCGCUAGCUAGAACAUUUGGUUGUGAAGAAGAAUUAGGAAAAGACGAUGCUAUGGUGAUGAAUGAGUUGCUCAAUCUUUGCAGCUUUUGGUCGGAUAGUGAGCCUAUUUUCAGAGGACCUGAUGACGAUAGUGAUGAAGAAGAUGACAGUGAUGAUGACCUGGAAUCUUUCGAGCAUCAUAUCGCCAUGCUGGCUCAGUCCGACAAUUCCAGAUUUUCAGCUGCGUGCAGUGAGACGCUAAGUUGUUUAUCGAAAUCUUCUUACUCUUCCUCUCCUGCACUUCAAGAAUCCAUAUCCGCCCAAAUGCGACCGUCAUCCUCAAAGGCAUUGGAAAACGCCUUCAAAGGCAUUGUGAGCCAAUCACUCGAAAUGAAGCGGAGGAAAGUUGAUGAGGAACACAAUUCAACGUUGAGUGAAGAAGGCGGAAAUGGUGUAGAAGACUGGAGCUCAGUAAAGGAAUCCGUUUUGAAUCCGUUCGGACGAAAGGACUGGAGAAAGACGCUCUUGAGCUAUUUGCGUAGUCAGAAAGAUGACGUGAGCGUGUUCUACUUGUCUUGCUUCUCCUUUUUUUGUGGGCUCGCGAAUGUUCUCAUUUUAGACAGCUGCACGAGAAAAGUUUUGAAAGGAGUGGAUUUUCAAUUUUUGACCCAAAUAAUGGCGUCCUACACUGCAACCACGUCUGAAGAAGAUCGUACAAUUUAUGAAGCCUUAGACUUGCUGGAGAAUACGUACAAGGUUAAUAUGAAUAUCAUUUCACCUAUCGUCUGGGGAGAGAAGUCUGUGGAGGUUUACAAAAAGCGUGGCCAGUAUGGAGGAACCCUCAUCGUACUUACUCCGGACAGGACAGUAAUGACUGAUGUGGAUGAAGAGACUCCUGAUAGUAAAAUUCUUUAUGACGUCCGAUUUCUCUCGUUUAUUCUUGAGUAUGUGAUGCACCCUGAUAGUAGAUUGGCUUACUGUGUUUUGGCAGAAGUUCUGUCCUUACUGCACCGAACAUCGAUAGUCGACACAGCUGCUGACCGUUAUAUAAACCUAUCUUCUUCUCAUCUUAUACGUAUUUUAAACGAGUAUCGAAGCAGAAGGCGCCCGAGAUUACCACACAUAUUAUCGGAAAGCCUCGUUUCAGUGGUGUCCCAUUUCUUUGCUCGAGUUUCGAAGUUGAUCCUUCACCCUGAAUCGCCAGUCUACACAGCAGUCCUUUCUUUCUUCAUUUUGAAGCCUGUCAUCGAUCUGAGCAAUGUCCCAGAAAUUUAUAAAAUGCUGUUGAGCUCAUCGACAGAUUACCACAAGCAAGAACGUGAAUGGAUGUUGACUCUGAUUCUAGAAGGUCUCAUCGAACCGAAGGAUUACAACGUGCUUCAGAAUCGCUCCGGUAUAAAACUGCUAUUGGCGUUGUUCCCAACAUGUAUGAUUGAUAUGGUAUCACGUCGACUGAUUCUCAGUAUACUGAAAGCUGCUGUUCGAAUGCCUUCUGUAGCUCAUGAUUUGUUCUACAGAAUGAAUUCUGCAUACAUGGAUAGCUUCUAUCAUCAAGGGGCUCGGAUGGCGGAUGCAGCCGUUAUACCAUGUUUAUCGCCUUGCCCUCGCUUCAACGCUGAAGCCGCGCCGAACCUGACUUCUCUAACCUCUAGCGUUUACAGUCGACGGGGAUGCAUGCUUGCUUCCAUUCUAGCUAAGAGUGAGGAACCCCCGCAAAAUUCAUUCCUUUUAAUUCCCGGUACAUUUGGAAGCUUCAAAUUUCAGAAUCGAGACUUGAGUGUGUGGGAGCAGUGCUAUUUGGGGCAAAUCUAUUCAAUUCUUAUCGAAAAUGAAAGGAAAAACUGUCGAAGUGCUAAAGGGGAUGCCUCAAGGAAAUCACAUCUAGUCGCAUUAGCAAGUGUUCGUAUGACGGCUCGAGUGGUCCUGUAUGUUAUGGAAGGCAUGAGCGACAAGUCGAUAGCUGUAGAAAAUGUGCAAUCGAUAAAAGCGACGAUUGAAGCGAAAUGGCGACCAAAACGGAAGAAGCAGGAACCUUUACAAUAG